GGUGUCUUUGUCUACCAUGAUGCUGUUUUCUUUUGAGCCAGCCCUCUGAUUACAAUCUUUCGCUCCAGAACAGAAUAGAUGAUAAACAAGCAAGAAAGGCUAAGGCUGGAGACUGGCAUAUUUUUGAGCUCCAAUCCGUUCAGAUAUCCUACCCUGCAUUUAAAAGCACCGGCAUUACAUCACCAAUGUUCCGCUCACAGCGUCAGGAGCGCCGUUUAAUUUUUUAACGAGAUCAAAACAUCUAAUGAGCGCCGAAUGUAAAAUCGUGGGAUUUAAAACAAAUAACAGGAAUGGCACUUUAAGAUUAUAAACGACUCUUGUCUAGGCAGCAAGAUUUUUUUCAAAUAAAAAAAAAUAGAAUGUCAUGGCAGAGGCAAAUCCAAGCGUAUCCGUUCAAGCGCCCGGUGCAGCAGACACUUCUUAUGAGGAAUAUGAAUGCAAAAUCUGUUACAAUUAUUUCGACCUGGAUCGCAGGGCUCCCAAGAUAUUGGAGUGCUUGCACACGUUUUGCGAGGAGUGCUUGACCACUUUGCAUUUCAGACAAGACCGACUGUGGCGCAUCGGCUGCCCGGUAUGCCGCCACAAGACACCCGUGCCGGAUUACAGGAUCAUCAACCUGCCCAACAACACCAAAGUGACGGAGGCUUUCCCUUUGUACAUCGAGGCAGACCCUUUACCCCAAGACAGCCUUCCUCCGUACCCUCCUCCCUCUCGCUACACUGCAGCCCCGCAGCAAGCAGAACCAGAAGCGAGUGAGUCGCAGGCUGCAGCCCCAACGCACACCCCAAGAACCCACUCCGCAUCCACCCGCUACGAGAGCUGCCAGAACUGCAAACGAGCCGCGGUGACGGCGGGCUGUGUCUGCGUUGUGUUCUCCUUUCUCUCCAUGAUCGUGCUGCUCUUCACGGGCCUGAUGUUUGUUCGUAAUUACAACAACCCCCCCUCGCCCAUAGGCCCCAUCUGUCUGUCUAUAGCCAGCAUUCUAGCUUUGUUUUCAGUGGUUGUCACGUGGCUCAUCUGCUGGUUUAAGUAUAGACCUGAGCGUACUACUACUAGCAACAGACAAGAACAGUGAGCGGCGGCUCUGCAGCGAGCUACUUCGUGAUGUUUUCUGUUUAGUGCCUGACCCUGAUGUGUUGACAUCAGCAUAUUCCUUUUUGCUCUGUCUUAUUCGGAGACACAAACAAAUAACACGUGCAUGUCAUCACAACAAAACAAAGGAGCCGGUUUGCUGAGUGGCACGUGAGCAUCUUCACCGGCCACUUCAACAAGUCCUUUCUUUACACAAAGUCAUUGUCUUGUCUCGGUUGUAUUUAUUUUGAAGCAAAGUACAGUAUAUGCCUGCACUAAAUGAUACACCGUAAUAUGACACCGCAUUGUUAAAAUAUGUGAUGUUUAUACUAAAAUAAAUGUAAAUGCAAUUGCUAUACUGUUGUGUCCUCUGUUCUUCGGUACAGUAAAUGCUUGUUCUAUCAGUACGCCACUGAUAACAUAAGCACUUCCUGGCAAUGGUUAUACCUACAGACCCCUGUCCCCUCUUACAUUACAACAUUUGU